GAGUCUCGCUCUGUUGCCCAGGCUAGAGUGCAGUGGCGUGAUCUCAGCUCACUGCAAGCUCCGCCUUCCCAGUUUACACCAUUCUCCUGCCUCAGCCUACCGAGUACCUGGGACUACAGGGGCCCGCCACCACACCCGGCUAAUUUUUUGUAUUUUUUUUCUAGUAGAGAUGGGGUUUCACCGUGUUAGCCAGGAUGUUCUCGAUCUCCUGACCUUGUGAUCCGCCCACCUCGGCCUCCCAAAGUGUUGGGAUCGCAGGCGUGAGCCACCGCGCCCGGCCUGUUUUCUUUUCCUCUGGGUUCUGAAGCCUCCAGUGCAAAAUGAUUGGAUGAGAUCAUUUGAAUCUUAACACCCAUUCUGAGUCUAAGUGUCACUCUCACCUCUUCAGUUCAUAGAAAUCUCUCCCUCCUCUAGCUCCCUGGGAAGGCUCUCCAGGUAGAUGGAACAGCAAAUACAAAGGUACUGAGGUGUUACAAGUCAUGGAGAAUAAAGCAUCUGGGCUACUUUGGUCUGGUUGGAGGAGGUAGAUGGGCUGCUCUGCCAGAGAAGAGACAGGGAUCCCACUGUUAUUUAUCCUGGGGGAGGCUGGGAGACAGACACAAUCUAGCCCAUUUCUGUAUGUGUUAUGCUCACACCUUACCUAGUUAUUAAAUGAUUUCUUGCUUUUGUGCAAGAGAUCUUUAUAGCACUAAGAAUUAUGGUCAACAACACUGUUAUAACUUUCGACUAGUGAGAAAAAAAAAUUGUGUUAUUCACCAUGGUUCCCAAUAACAUUACUCAAUUAUUUGUGUCUGUAAAACAUCAUAAACAACAAAUGCAGUAACAGAAUGCCUAUAAAACUAUAAAUGUUUUCUGGAAAUGUACUUUUUGCUUUUCUUGGGAUAAUCCUGUGGUUCUUCAGCAGUGAUUGGUGUGAGUUCUACAGAACCGCUGCUAUGUGCAUGGAGACCCAGAAAAGAUUUUUGAGCAAGGUGUCAGCCAUUCAAUGUUUAUUGGGUCCACCAGGUGCUUGGUGCUGGCCUGGAGGGCCUAGGAUGACAAAAUUACUGUCCUUGAGAAGCUCACAGUUUAUUUAAUGUGAGGCACAUACAAGUUACCAAGCAAAUACAACAUAAGAGCCAGACUGGAAUUAUUUAUAGUGUGAUGUGAGACCCUGGGGUGGGGAAUAAAAAAGGGUGUCAAAAGGAGCAGGAUCUGGAGCUGGACCCAAGCAACCUAAGAUGUCCACUUAAGAAAGAUCACUCCAGCACCUGUGGGGUACAUGGCUGGGAUAGAGAAGAAACUCUGGCCAGAGAAACCAUUCAGGAGGUUUUUCCAAGUUAGGAUGAUAAAGGGAUCUAAAAUAUAGGGCAGAUGCUAUGGAGACUGAAGAAGAAUGGAUGAAAUAUUUGGAGGCAAAAUUACUUGUGCUUGGUAAAUUGUUAGAAAGUGGCGAAGGAGUCAAGAAUAAUUCCCAGGUUUGUGGUCUGGGGAUUAGGCAGAUAAAAGAGGUGAGGGCACUAAGAGGAAGGCUGGGACCUUUAGUGCCAUCUCCUCGAUCAGUCUCCAUUCCAUCAAACGGAUAGUUGACAUUUUCUCAAUGUUUUGUAAAUUUCCAGGCAAAAUAAACCUUCAGGACCACCUUCCAACAGGAUUACCAUGUCAAAACCCCUCCUAUAUCAUAUGGAAUCUAGACCAUCACUGUGUGUGUUUGUGUCAAGGGGGUAGGGACAAUGACUAGCAUUAUAAUCUAUGGACAAAGUUGGGCUUGGUUGCAGAAUAUAUUUAAGUUUGGUAUUCUUUGUAGUUUUAAAAAUUUACUUUUUAAGAAUUUGAGACAGGGUCUCUGCAUGUUGCCCAGGCUGGCAACUCCUGGCCUCAAGUGAUCCUCCCGCCUCAGCCUCCCAGGAAGCUGGGAUCACAGGUGCGAGCCACCCCACACAACUAAAUUUGGAAUUAUGAAUAUGGCUGAAUAUGGCUGAGGUCCAUAAAUAUUUAAAUUUGGCAUGAUGACUACGAGUUUGUUAUGGGAUCUCAAUCAUUUGAUAAAUAGUGAACAUUUCCUAUAAGUCAGAUUGUUUUUCCCACUAGGGAUGCAGAGAACAAGACAGGAUAGGUCCUUGUCCUCAUAGAGUGUGGGAGACAGGCAGUAGACAUAUAAUUUCAGGUAGGUAUAAGUAUCACAAAGAAAAAAUAAAGCAAAACAAAAGAAGAGAGUGCUGGGAAAGGCCAGGGAGCAGAGAGGAUGACAGAGCUGUCUUAGGGUGUUCAAGACCUCUUUGAAAACGAAGAGCUCUUUGAAAAGGUGAUAUUUGAGCAGAGGUCCACAGUAAGGAAAAGUGGCAGAGACUGCUAGCUGCCUACGCAUGAAAUGAUGGGGGAAGGAGCAAUACAGAAGGCAUGUAACAUUUGACAGUCUAUUAGGCAUCCCAGGGGAGGUGCUGCGGAGGCAGAUGCAUGGAGGCAGAUGGAUGCACACGUCUAGAGUUUAAAGGCAGAUCUGAGGCGGAGAUAUGAACUUGGGAGCUGUUAGUCCAGUUCCAGGUUCCAAUUCAACGUACUUUCAUCAGAGCUCACUGUGCGCCAGGGACUUGCUAGGGGAUGGGGACCCGGAGAUAAAUGGGGUUGCACAGCAGACGGAUACACCAGCCAAUGUGGUAAACCCUUGGGUCCGGCUACGUUCUGGGCGCACUCUGCCAGCACAGAGGAGCAGCGAGUCAGAGUGCGGAGCGGGUAGCGUUGGGGAAGAGGUGGCCGCGGAGCGAGACACGCCGGCGGAACGGAAAACGGAAGCACGGGGCGGGGGCGUGACGCACCGGGCGCAUCACAAAGAACGCCGAGAGGGCGGUGGCGCCGGGGACACGGCUGGGCGGCUCCGCCCAGAAGAGGGCCGAGAGGCGGGGCGGUGCCCCCACCGCGGGCCCGCGGCGCCCUCUGCAGGCCACAGGCAGCGACUCACCAGUUGCCUCAUCUUUCCUCUGCUCCCUCUUGCUGCUUUCCUCAGGCCACAUUUUUUGUGUGGGCAGUCUCUCAGCCUUUGACUCCCGUCCCUUUCUUCCACUUCCAGGCCGGGCGUGUUAGUGUCUUCGCGGGAAAACUGCCAAUAAAGUUUUUCCUCUUCUCGCUCCCAAGAUCCCCGCCUCCCCUUAGGCACCGCGAGAUCUGACGGCGCGGCUACCAUGGCGGCGGCGUUUGAAGCCCCGGGAGCCUUAGCGGCAGUGGCGACUGCUAUGCCGGCUGAGCAUGUGGCCGUGCAGGUCCCGGCCCCAGAGCCAACACCCAGGCCUAUGAGGAGCCUGCGGACCGCUCAGGAUCUCAGCAGCCCGCGGACCCGCACGGGGGAUGUGCUGUUGGCGGAGCCGGCCGACUUCGAGUCACUGCUGCUUUCGCGGCCGGUGCUGGAGGGGCUGCGGGCGGCCGGCUUCGAGAGGCCCUCGCCGGUGCAGCUCAAGGCCAUCCCGCUGGGGCGCUGCGGGCUCGAUUUAAUUGUUCAAGCUAAAUCUGGCACCGGGAAAACCUGUGUGUUCUCCACCAUAGCUUUGGACUCUCUCGUUCUUGAAAACUUAAGUACCCAGAUUUUGAUCUUGGCCCCUACAAGAGAAAUCGCUGUACAGAUACAUUCUGUUAUUACAGCCAUUGGAAUAAAAAUGGAAGGCUUAGAGUGUCAUGUCUUUAUUGGAGGGACCCCAUUAUCACAAGACAAAACCAGACUUAAAAAGUGUCAUAUUGCUGUUGGAUCUCCUGGCAGAAUUAAGCAACUCAUAGAACUUGACUACUUGAACCCAGGCAGUAUACGCCUCUUUAUUCUUGAUGAAGCAGAUAAGCUUUUAGAAGAAGGCAGCUUCCAGGAGCAAAUAAAUUGGAUUUAUUCUUCCUUGCCUGCCAGUAAACAGAUGCUGGCAGUAUCAGCUACUUACCCCGAAUUUUUGGCUAAUGCUUUGACAAAGUACAUGAGAGAUCCCACUUUUGUAAGACUGAAUUCCAGUGAUCCAAGUCUCAUAGGUUUGAAGCAGUAUUACAAAGUUGUCAAUUCGUACCCUUUGGCACAUAAGGUUUUUGAGGAAAAGACUCAGCAUUUACAGGAACUGUUCAGCAGAAUUCCAUUUAAUCAAGCGUUAGUCUUUUCUAAUUUGCACAGCAGAGCACAACAUUUGGCUGAUAUCCUUUCUUCUAAAGGCUUUCCUGCCGAGUGCAUUUCAGGCAAUAUGAAUCAGAAUCAGCGUCUUGAUGCUAUGGCUAAACUGAAGCAGUUUCAUUGCAGAGUCCUCAUUUCCACAGAUUUGACUUCUCGUGGGAUUGAUGCUGAGAAGGUGAAUCUGGUUGUAAAUCUGGACGUACCAUUGGAUUGGGAGACAUACAUGCAUCGGAUUGGGAGAGCUGGCCGUUUUGGUACAUUGGGGCUGACAGUGACCUACUGUUGCCGGGGAGAGGAAGAAAAUAUGAUGAUGAGAAUUGCCCAGAAAUGUAAUAUCAACCUUCUCCCUUUACCAGAUCCCAUUCCUUCUGGUCUGAUGGAAGAAUGUGUGGAUUGGGAUGUGGAGGUUAAAGCUGCUGUGCAUACAUAUGGCAUAGCAAGUGUACCUAACCAACCCCUAAAAAAGCAAAUUCAGAAAAUAGAGAGAACCCUUCAAAUUCAGAAAGCUCAUGGUGACCACAUGGCUUCCUCUAGAAAUAAUUCUGUAUCUGGACUAUCAGUCAAAUCAAAAAAUAAUACCAAACAAAAGCUUCCUGUGAAAAGCCACUCAGAGUGUGGAAUCAUAGAAAAAGCAACAUCACCAAAAGAACUGGGCUGUGACAGGCAAUCUGAAGAGCAAAUGAAGAAUUCUGUUCAGACUCCCGUUGGAAACUCCACCAACAGUCAGCACCAGGUCAAAGAAGCUCUACCUGUGUCACUCCCCCAGAUUCCUUGUCUAUCUUCCUUUAAAAUCCAUCAGCCAUACACGUUGACUUUUGCUGAAUUGGUAGAGGAUUAUGAACAUUAUAUUAAAGAGGGGUUAGAGAAACCUGUGGAAAUCAUCAGGCAUUACACAGGUCCUGGGGAUCAGACUGUGGAUCCUCAAAAUGGUUUUGUGAGAAAUAAAGUUACUGAACAGAGAGUCCGUGUAUUGGCAAGUAGUAGCCAAUCUGGAGACUCUGAGAGUGACAGUGAUUCUUACAGCUCAAGAACCUCUUCCCAGAGCAAAGGAAAUAAGUCAUACUUGGAAGGCUCUUCUGAUAAUCAGCUGAAAGACUCUGAAUCUACUCCUGUGGAUGAUCAUAUUUCUUUGGAACAACCACCAAAUGGAAGUGACGCCCCCAAUCCAGAGGAAUAUCAAGAAUCACCUGGAAUCCAGAUCAAGACAAGACAUAAAGAGGGGGCUAACCAGAGAGCUAAGCAGAGCCGGAGAAACCUACCCAGGCGGUCUUCCUUCAGAUUGCAGACUGAAGCCCAGGAAGAUGGUUGGUAUGACUGUCAUAGGGAAACACAUCUGAGUUUUUCUGAUACCUAUCAGGAUUAUGAGGAGUACUGGAGGGCUUACUACAGGGCAUGGCAAGAAUAUUAUGCUGCUGCUUCUCAUUCAUAUUAUUGGAAUGCUCAGAGACAUCCAAGUUGGAUGGCAGCUUAUCACAUGAAUACUAUUUAUCUACAAGAAAUGAUGCAUGGUAACCAGUGAUUAUAGGAUAUACCUGAGACCAUCAGGAACUGUCAACAAAUGAUACCUUUGGAUAUCCAUCCUCCUCGACUUAUAGUACAGUGGUGUAUAGUGGCAUUUCUGAUAAACUUGAAAAGACUUGAGGCUUUCCACUGGGAUGCAUCCAUUUUUUCAGAUUGUUUUGAUUUAGGCUAGGUAUAUUAUCUUCAUUUUUAAGAGUUUCUUUAAGAAACUUCAUCAGAUUCUUGAAAGAUAAUUUUUGGGACAUAGAGCUGAUGCCAUUUUCUAUAAGAUCUUCCCAAAAGAAACAUUUAAAAAGAUGACAUAUAUACCACUGCUUACUUAAUAAAAGCAAUAGAUUUGAGCAGUAA